AUGUCUCCAUCCGCGAUCCACAAUAUUACCUCGGACUUGCCCUCGAGCCAGCAGCACAGGCCCUUUGCAGGCAAAGUUGCUCUGAUCACGGGCUCUGGCCGUGGCAUCGGAAGAGGCAUCGCAUUGGAGCUGGGUAAGCGGGGAGCAUCCUGCAUCAUCAACUAUGCCAAGAGCGCGGGAGCGGCGAAUGAGGUGGUGGCCGAGCUGGCCAAGCUGGGGUCCAAGUCCAUUGCCCUUCAGGCGGACAUCUCCAAGCCGGCUGAUGUGGCCGCCCUCUUUGAAAAGGCACUAAAGCACUAUGGCCACAUUGACUUUGCCAUUUCAAACUCGGGCAUGGAGGUCUGGUGUGAAGAGACCGAGGUUACGCCCGAGCUCUUUGACCAGGUCUUCAACCUCAACACGAGGGGCCAGUUUUUUGUCGCGCAAAACGCUUUAAAGCACUGCAGCGAAGGGGGGCGCAUCAUUCUCACUUCCUCCAUUGCCGCGCAAAUGACGGGUAUCCCCAACCACGCUCUCUAUGCCGGUUCAAAGGCUGCCGUGGAAGGGUUUGCCCGCUCCUUUGCCGUCGACUGCGGUCGCAAGCGCAUCACGUGCAAUGCCCUGGCCCCAGGUGGCAUCCAGACCGACAUGUUUGACGAGAACAGCUGGCACUACGUCCCCGGCGGCUACCAGGGCAUGAACAUUGACACCAUCAAGGAUGGCUUGGCCAAAAUGUGCCCGCUGAACCGCGUCGGUACUCCGGCCGACAUUGGCAAGAUCGUGUGCAUGCUCGUCAGUGACGAGGGCGAGUGGAUCAACGGACAGGUUUUGCGCUGCAGUGGUGGUGGUGUAUAA